AUGGGAUUGUGCUCGUCUAAUAAAAAUUAAAAGCCCAUUUAAUAAUCUCAGAUGACAGCUUCUCAACCUGAUCAUAGUAAUAUAGUCUAGGAAUAUUUAUAGCCAACGUUAAAUAGUCAGAGACCCAACUGACAAAACCAACCAAAACUGCCAUUCCUUCGAUAAUGGCAUUCCAGAUUCAUAAUUUUGUAAAGGAAGAACUGGAUCCUCCAACUCCUUAAAGUUUCAGGCAUAGUUUUCAUGUAAUACCUGAAGUUUAGAAGUCGCUCGAAUUUAAAACUGGAUUUUUUAAAGCAUACUCUGUAAUAACAAAAAAUUGUAAAACUUAAUAAUAAACCAUUAGAGGAUGAAAAUACACUUGUAUGUCAGCAUAAUAAAACUGCUGAAUUAGUAUUAGUUUAUUGCUUGGAUCCAAACAACAAUUUAGAUUAGUAAUUUAUCAAUUCAAUAAAAUUAAAUUAAAUUGUAAUUGAAAAUAUUAUUUUAGGAUAAUAAUUGCAUAUGUCAAUUUAUUGAGAUAUUUAAUGAAAAUAAAACAUUAUACUUGGUAUAAGAAUAUUGCAAAGGAAGCAAAUUAUCGAAAUUGUUAAACUUAGAAAGGUCUAAAGUACUAUUCAUUAUGUCAUAAUUAAUAUAAAUUCUCACCUAAUUGGACACUCAGCACUAAUAUCAUGGACAAUUAUCUAUUGAUUCAUUUUCCUUAGUUGAUGAAAAAAGUUAUUAUGUUAAACUAACAGAUAUUAAGCCGAUAUAUGAAAAACAUAGAACUUUAGAACCAUCCAAAGAUUUAGAUGAAUAAAUUACAUAUAAGAGAUAUUAGCCUCCUUUGGAACAUCCAACCAUAAAAUCUGAUGUAUUUGCAGUUGGCAUUAUUUUUCAUCAAUUACUAACUGAGAAAUUGCCAGAAAAGAUAAAAAUAACUAAUAAUCAACCUGUUUGGAAUCCUUUAACGAAAUUGCAAGAUGAGAGUGAUGAAAAAAUGAAGAAAUUAUUAAAAUCGUUGUUGCAAUUAGACCAUUCAAAGAGAAUUUCAGUAUAAUAAUUAGCUGAAAAGAAGUUUCUUAGCAUAAUAAAUAAUAAAGAUCUUAUUUAAGAGUUUUUAGACAAGAUUUCAAAUUGCCCCUCUCUUAAUUAUUUUCAAAAAGUUAUCUUAACUUUUAUGAUCUCAAAAUUUUAAACUUAGGAAGGCAAGAUUAUCAAACAAUUAUUUUCAAUAUUAGAUGAAAAUAAUCAUAAUUAUUUACAAGUUAAUCAACUGGAAUAAAUUUGCAAAAAUUCUAAUGAAAAUAAGGUGGAAUUCUAAAUUGAUUCUAAAGAGGCUAAUACUAAAAAUGAAUUAUAAAAAAAUGGAAAAAAAAUAUCUGAGAAUGACUUUUUGAUUGCCCUAAGCAAUAGAGAUAAAUUAUUGACAGAGGAGUAUUUNUAUUUAUAGCCAACGUUAAAUAGUCAGAGACCCAACUGA